AUGAAGGGUUUCAGCGUUAUCCUGGCUCUUGGCUUGGCCGCCUCUACCGAGGCCGCUCGCCUGCCACUUUGCUCUGCUGUGUGCUUGACAGAUGCAAUUGUCGCUACUGGUUGCAAGGCCAGCUCAACGGAAUGUAUCUGCAGCUCCGAUGUGUUCAUGUCCUCGGUGACUGAAUGUGUUGAACAACGAUGCGGGGACGACAAAGUUUCCACGCUCGAGACUGCCGAACAGUUCUGCUCGGCCACAAACACGCACACGCAGCUGAAGAAGCGCGAAUUCUCAUCUGAUAGUUCGAUGAGUGAAGGGGAGGCCUCUGUUGCCAAGCGCUCAGACAACCCUGAGAACCCCGAGCUUGAAGCCAGAGGGUGGAAGGGCUGGUUUGGUUCCAGGUUCUUCAGAGGCAACAGAAAUCGCCCUCACUGGGGAUGGGCCGCACCUGCCACAACCACCACCGUCACUGCCACCGCUUCUCAGCCAACGGCCGAGCCAAAGCCUGUUGACUGGGCCCCCAACUUCAAGUCCGACACCAAGGAAUGGUGGAAGCAACAAUCCUCGGAAUGGUGGGCCAAAAAUGGGUUCGCCUGGUGGAAAGCCAACGGUUGGCACUUCGACGGUCCUAACUGGUACUCGGGUAAGAGUGAGCAGUGGUGGCAAACUAAUGGUAAUCGAUGGUGGCAAGGUCCUCCACGCGGUUACAGGGGGGGCAACUGGCAGGGUGGUCGCCCAUGGUGGCCUUCGGCUCCCGCAGCAACCCAAACGGAACCAGUCAAGCCCACUGCAACGCCAACAUAUACACCACCAGACAACCAAGCCUGGGAGAACUGGCCAGAGAAUGACUCUCCUACUGGACCGACAGUCACGCCCACCACUAGUCCCUCAUCCCCAGAACAUACUCACACAGGCACACAUCCAACAUGGACUCCCUACACGCCAACAAAGCCAGUUCAGACUGUUGUCCCUACAGGCUUGGGCCCAUGGUAA